CCCCCCCACCCCCCACCCCCCACCCCCCCCCCACCCCCCCCCCCCCACCCCCACCCCCCCCCCCCCCCCCCACCCCCCCCCCCCCCCCCCCCACCCCCACCACCCCCCCCCACCCCACCACCCCCCCCCCCCCCCCCACCCCCCCCCCCACCCCCCCCCCCCCCACCCCCCCCCCCCCCCACCCCCCCCCCCACCACCCCCACCCCCCCCCCACCCCCACCCCCCCCCCCCCCCCCCCCCCCCCCACCCCCCCCCCCACCCCCCCACCCCCCCCCACCCCACCCCCCCCACCCCCCCACCCCCCCCACCCCCCCCCCACCCCCCACCCCCCCCCCCCCCCCCACCCCCCCCCCACCCCCCACCACCCCCCCCCCCACCCCCACCCCCCCCACCCACCCCCACCACCCCCCCCACCCCACCCACCCCCACCCCCCCCCCCCCCACCCACCCCCACCCCCACCACCCCCCCCCCCCCCACCCCCACCCACCCCCCCACCCACCCCCCCACCCCCCACCCACCCCCCCCACCCCCCCCCCCCCCCCACCCCACCCCCCACCCACCACCACCCACCCCACCCCCCCCCCCCCCCCACCCCACCCCCCCACCCCCCACCCCCCCACCCCCACCCCCCCCCACCACCCCACCCCCCACCCCCCCCCCCACCCCCACCCCAACCCCCCCCCCCCCCACCCCCCCCCACCCCACCACCCCCCCACCCCACCCCCCCCCCCCCCCCCCCCCCACCCCCACCCCCCCCCCCCCACCCCCCCACCCCCACCCCCCCACCCCCACUCCGUACAACCACCCCACCAACCCCAAUAGCCCCCGCCCAAGACCACCACCUCCCCCCCCCCCCCCCACCCCCCCCCCCAACCCCGCCCCCCCCCCCCCCCCCCUCCCCACCACCCCCCCCCCCCCCCACCCCCCCCCCCCCCCCACCCCCCCCCCCCCCCCCCCCCCCCCCCCCCCACCCCCCACCCCCCACCCCCCCCCCACCCACCCCACCCACCCACCACACCCCCACCCCACCCCCCACCCACCCCCCCCCCCCCCCCACACCCCACCCCACCACCCCCCCCCCCCCCCCCCACCCACCCCCCCCACCACCCCCCACCCCCACCACCCCCCACCACCCCCCACCCCCCCCCCCCCCCCCACCCCCCCACCCCCCCCACCCACCCCCCCCACCCCCCCACCCACCCCCCCCCCACCCCCCCCCCCCACACCCCCCCCCCCCCCCCACACCCCCACCCCCCCCCCCACCCCCCCCACCCCACCCCCCCCCCCCCCCACCCCCACCCCCCCCACCCCCCCCCCCCCCCCCCCCCCCCACCCGCCUCACGCGGGACGACGACAGCGUCCCAGACCCCCAAACCGUGGCCCCCCCGCAGGCGCCGCCCCGAGCCCCCGCGCACAGACCUAGCCCGCGCCCCACAGACGCAAGCCCAGACCCACCCCCCCCCGGACCCCCCGCGCAUAACCGCAUCCGCCGACCCCCCGAGGACAGAACACAUCUCCGCACCCAAACAACCACCAACAAACCUAACCAACGACUGCCAGACCCCCAAGGGGCUCAAGACGCCCCCGAUGCCCGACUCACCAGAGCCACGACCCUGUCCCGGUGA